AGGCGCCCUGCCCAGCGCGGCGGCGCUCAGGGCGCGCGCAGCGCGCGCCGCUGCGGUGGCGCCCCCCGUGGGCCGUCGCGCCCUCUGGCGCGCCCGGCGGCGCCGCGGCAUGGCGACUGCGGCGCCUCCAGAGGGGCAGGCCGAGCACGAGGACUACACUGAAAGUGAUGACGAGGGUGUAGACCAGUACAAGAAGGGUGGCUACCACGUUGUGAACAUCGGGGAGGUUUACAACAGCCGCUACCGGGUCGUCGCGAAGCUGGGCUGGGGCCACUUCUCGACCGUAUGGCUGUGCGAGGACACGC